AUGGAUGAGAGCAGAGGGCGACACCCCCGCCCGCCUCCCCUCCCCUCCUCCCCCUCCCCUCGGCGGCCCGGCCCGGCCCCCCCGCGGCGGGGCGGGCGGGCGGCUCCGAGCGCGCCUCCACUCCGCCGCGCCGAGCCAGCGAGCGGGCGGGCGGGCGGCAGCUCUCGCCGGGCGCCGGAGCCCACGGGAGGCGGAGGGCGCGGGCCGGGGCCGGGGCCGCGGCAGCGGCGGCGGCGGGGCCCGGCGGCGGCGGGAUCGCGGCGACUUGGCGGCGGCCCGAGCUCGCCGGAAAGUUGGUGCCGGCUGAGCCGGAGGCGCCCGCUCGCCAUGCAGAGACCCGGCGGCCAGGGGACCGCCUUCUCCAUCGACUCGCUCAUCGGGACGCCGCCGCCGCGCUCCGGGCACCUGCUCUACACCGGGUACCCCAUGUUCAUGCCGUACCGGCCGCUGGUGCUACCGCAGGCGCUGUCCCACGCCCCGCUGCAGUCGGGGCUGCCGCCGCUGGCCCCGCUCGCUUCCUUCGCCGGCCGCCUCACCAACACCUUCUGCGCCAGCCUGGGCCAGGCCGUGCCCUCCAUGGUGGCGCUCACCACCGCCCUGCCCAGUUUCUCCGAGCCCCCCGACGGCUUCUACCCACCGCAGGAGCUGCCCCCGCCGCGCGCCACCCCCGACGCCGGCUGCCGGCGCGGCGCCGACGGCCUGGAGGCGGAGGAGCUGCCCCCGGGCCGCGACAAGGGGCCGGCCGAGCCGCCGCUGCACUUCCCGGAGCCUUUCCCUGGCCUUGCAGACGGGAAGGCGUACAGCUCAGACGAGGAGAAGCUGGAGGUGAAGUCGGCGGCGACGCCGUGCAGCGAGCGGGAGGAGGAGAGCUCGGCGGGUGAGAGCGAGGAGGAGCCCUUCCUGGACGGGGCGGCCGCCGGCACCGCGCUGGGAGCCAAGGGCAAGAGUAAGGGCGGCCCCGCCGCCGAGCAGCCCCCGCCGGGCUCCGGAGCCGGGAAGAGCCGCCGGCGCCGCACGGCCUUCACCAGCGAGCAGCUGCUGGAGCUGGAGAAGGAAUUCCACUGCAAGAAGUACCUGAGCCUGACGGAGCGCUCGCAGAUCGCACAUGCCCUGAAGCUGAGCGAGGUGCAGGUGAAGAUCUGGUUCCAGAACCGCCGCGCCAAGUGGAAACGCAUCAAGGCCGGCAAUGUUAGCAACCGCUCGGGAGAGCCCGUCCGCAACCCCAAGAUCGUGGUGCCCAUCCCGGUGCACGUCAAUCGUUUCGCCGUGCGCAGCCAGCACCAGCAGAUCGAGCAGGGGGCCCGGCCCUGAGCCCGGCCGGACUCCCGGACCCUGGGGCGGGUGGCGGCGGCGCGGGGCGGGCCGAGCGCCCGCUCCCCCUCCUGUGUACAUGUCCCUUAUUUAUUCCGUGUAAACUCUGUACAUACGGCAGCGUAUCCUUCUGUCCGUGCCAUGGGGAGUGCGGCCGCCUGGCCCUCGGGCCCUGGCCGCCCGCUGGGCCGGGCUGAGCCGGGCCGGGCCGGGCCAGGCCCUCGCUGCCGCUGGCGCUCGCCCAUGUAUAGCUGUGAUUUCAAUAAAUUAUUUUCUAUGGA